AUGUCCGCUUUCUCCGAGGCGGCUUUAGAGAAGAAACUUUCCGAGCUCAGCAACUCCCAGCAGAGCGUUCAAACGCUGUCGCUGUGGCUCAUCCACCACCGGAAACACUCAAAGACUAUCGUUGGCGUGUGGUUCAACGAGCUAAAAAAAGGACCCGAGUUCACCCAGGACUUUGCGCCCGUCAUCGUGGAUGCAUUCAAACACGUUUACAGGGACGGAGAGGAGGGCUGUAAGAAGCAGCUGGGCCGGGUUUUGUCCAUCUGGCAGGAGAGAGCCGUGUAUGAGAGCAGCCUGCUGGAGCAGCUCUCACAAGUCCUGUGUAAGUCCCCUCAAACGGGCCUGAACCCUGAACCAACCUCGGAGCUGAUCCGGGCCCUGCAGGAGCUGGAGAACGCCGCGUCCGGCGACGCUUUGCUGCGCCGGCGCAUCUCUCUGCUGCCGGCCGAGGUGCAGGACGCCGCGCUGCUGCACAGGGAGUACAAGCGCAAACUGGCCCGGGUGACGCAGGUCCGGAAGGAGCUGCGAUCACGUCUGAACAACCUCCCCGACGGACUCUACAACUCCAAAUAA